UCUCUCUCUCUCUCUCUCUCUCUCUCUCUCUAUCUAUCUAUCUAUCUCUCGUGGUCUGAGAACAACUUGCACAAGUCGGCAAUCCUUCACUAAGCGGGGUCUCUUAAAGGCUAAGCUGCCCUUUUUUGGAAGUGAAACUGUGCACACGUAGCUUCUUGGCGCCGCUAAAGCUAUGGACACAAGGGAAGAACGAGACGCGAGCCUUCGCCCUGUGACAGCCUGGGAUUUCUUCCUCCCACUGUCACGGCUCCCAGACGCUCUAAGGACCGAAAACUUGGGUCUCAUAUUUCCGGGGGACACUCUUGCGCUGCACACACCCCCUUGGUUUCCCUUAUGUGAACCAAUAGAAACCACGGUCGGCUGGCCAGUCAAUGGUAGUGGAGAGUUACUGGGCGCACUGCCAGUCACGCCGCGAUGGGGCGGGACUUCCUCCCGGAACUUGAAGCCGCGCAGGAAGGUCGGGCAAGGUGCUUGCUGGUUGGAAAUCCAUGUGGCGCGGGCUGAGUGCCCUGGCGACCCGGGCGGCGCGGGCGCCUCGCAGGCUGUGCGCACGCCGGAGCAGCGGCGCCGGGUCCUGGACCCCCGAGAGCACCAUCUUUGCGCUCAGCUCCGGCCAGGGUCGCUGCGCCAUCGCCGUGAUCCGCACCAGCGGCCCGGCCAGCGGGAUCGCGCUCCGCAGCCUCACUGCAUCCCGGGAGCCACCUCCGGCCCGCAGCGCCUGCCUGCACCUUCUCCGCCACCCGCGCUCUGGGGAGCCGCUGGACCGCGCGCUCGUCCUCUGGUUCCCAGGCCCCCGGAGUUUCACUGGUGAGGAUUGCGUGGAGUUUCACGUGCACGGAGGUCCCGCGGUGGUCAGUGGCGUCCUGCAGGCGUUGGGUAGUGUGCCGGGACUGCGACCAGCUGAGCCAGGGGAGUUCACCAGAAGAGCAUUCGCCCAUGGAAAGCUGAGCCUGACUGAAGUAGAGGGACUGGCUGAUCUGAUCCACGCAGAAACUGAGGCCCAGCGGCGCCAGGCCCUGAGGCAGCUGGAUGGGGAGCUGGGCCAAUUGUGCCGAGGCUGGGCGAAGACUCUCACCAAGGCUCUGGCCCAUGUAGAAGCCUAUAUUGACUUUGGAGAGGAUGGCAGUUUGGAAGAGGGUGUGUUGGAGCAGGGUAUGUCUGCCUUUGGGAGGGUGGGGCUGGCGUCUCAGCACCCCAAAGAUCCUCCUGAUCGCCUCUCCUCAGCCUACCUUUUCCCUCUCACAGUGGACAGAGACGUUCGAACCCUGGAGGCUGCACUGGGUUCCCACCUGCAAGAUGCCAGGCGUGGUCAAAGGCUCCGCUCAGGGGUGCACGUUGUGGUCACUGGACCCCCCAAUGCGGGCAAGAGUAGUCUGGUGAAUCUUCUCAGCCAGAAACCUGUGUCCAUCGUGUCCCCAGAGCCAGGGACCACCCGAGAUGUGCUGGAGACGCCUGUGGACCUGGCUGGCUUCCCUGUGCUGCUGAGUGAUACUGCCGGGCUGCGGGAAGGCGUGGGCAUGGCUGAGCAGGAGGGCGUGCGAAGGGCUCGCCAGCGGUUGGAGCAGGCUGACAUUAUCCUAGGGGUCCUGGAUGCCUCCGACCUGGCCUCCCCCUCCUGCUGCAGCUUCCUGGACACUGUGGUGGCCCCACUGGCAGCACAGAGCCCCACCAGCAGCGGACAGCGCUUCCUACUGCUGCUCAACAAAUCUGACCUGCUUCCCACUAGUCCCCCGGCCAGCGACACUGCCUUAUUAGGGACGCCGCACCUGCUGCUGUCCUGCCUCACCGGAGCUGGGCUGGACGGCCUUCUGCAGGCCCUAAAGACCGAGCUGGCUGCGGUGUGUGGGGACUCAUCCACAGGACCACCUCUCCUGACCCGGGCGAGGCACCAGCAUCACCUCCAGAGCUGUCUGGAUGCCCUGAGUCACUACCAGGCAACCACAGACCUGGCCCUGGCAGCCGAGGCCCUGCGUCGGGCUCGGAAGCACCUGAGCCACCUCACAGGAGGAGGAGGCACUGAAGAGGUCCUGGACCUCAUCUUCCGGGACUUCUGUGUGGGCAAGUAAGGGUCAGAGCUGGGGGGGACCCAGGGCCUCAGUUCCCACUGAUGGCAGCAAAGAGCAGGAGCACACUUGGGGUCCCCAGCCCUCAAGCCUAUUCCCUCCACAGUGAGCAGGAGAGACAGGCCAGGGAUCUCAGGAUGACUACCCCUCGGCUGCUGAGAUUAAGGCCUUCAUCACCAUGCCAAGUGUACAUAGUGGUGGAGAUGAAAUUCUUGCCACACCCCAGCUCCUCGCAGGGGUUCCAACCCUGAACCAUGCCCCCAGCCUCUCACUGGGGGACUCCAGACAGGGGUUCCACCCUGAGCCACACCCCUUGCUUCAUAGUUUUUAAGUACCACAGGAGCAUGAAGAGUUUGGGUGGUCCAAAAAUGUCAGUUCACGAGGACCAGUCAGCUUUACCUUCCAGAAGUUUGCCUAUGUGUUCUCUCUAUGAGAACAUGUGUCAUAUGUCAAUCUUUCAUAUGUCAAUCAAAUAUAUUUAUUAUCGCCAC